AUGGAGGACAGGGAGGAGAGAGACGCCGGAGACUGGGCCAGAACCGCCGGAGCCGGCGCCGGGAGCAGCAAGGACGAGAUGGGUUCAUUGUCGAAUUUCAAAUCCAUGCUGGAGGUUGAAGAUGAGUGGUACUUGAACAACAACAACAAUGGCAUUCAGGGCCAUUCUGACGUCGUCAGAGAUUUGACGUUCUCACCCAGCUUUGCUGACCCAGAAAGCUUGCUGCUGAACCAGGUUGACUCUUCAUCUUCUUGCUCUCCAUCUUCCUCUGUUUUCAACAACCUCGACCCGUCUCAGGUUCAGUACUACUUGCAUCAAAACCCAUCUCUGUCUUCUCUGCUCAAUGCUGUGCCCAACAACAACAACAAUCCAUUAGACCAUGGCUUUGAUUUGGGCUGUGAGAUUGGGUUUCUUGACAACCAAGGCUCGAGUUUGAUGAACAGGGGAGGUGGGGUUUUAACCGGGUUCAAUGAUUUGAGCUCCAAUACCCACAUGCAGCCUCAGAAUAUUUGCUCCAAUUUGCAAUUCACAGCAACCCGUUUGCCUCAUUUGCUUGAGAAUAGUACUAACUUUUCGGGUUUGCGGGGUGUUGAUGAUGCUUCAGGGAAUGGUUUGUUUAACAACAGGUCUAAAAUGUUGAGGCCACUUCAGCCCUUGUCUUCUGUGGGAGCACAGCCCACUCUAUUUCAGAAAAGAGCAGCCAAGAAUUUGGUUGGGAAUGGAGGCAAUUUGAGUGGUUUGGGGUCUGAAGGGGGACUGGUCUUGAGUAACUAUGAGGGGGGUAAGGGGAAGAGGGACAUGGGUGAGGAGAAUGAGAAGAAGAGGAAGUUUAGUGGUGGAGAUGAUGGUGAGGAUUUGAGUUUGGAUGGCUCGGGUUUGAAUUAUGAUUCAGAUGAGUUUACUGAGAAUAAUAAGGUGGAUGAGAAUGGUAAGAAUGUUGGGAAUAGCUCCAAUGCUAAUAGUACCGUCACUGGUGGAGAGCACAAGGGGAAGAAGAAAGGGUUGCCUGCUAAGAACCUGAUGGCUGAGAGGCGCCGCCGCAAGAAGCUCAAUGACCGGCUGUAUAUGCUGAGAUCCGUGGUUCCAAAGAUUAGCAAAAUGGAUAGGGCUUCUAUCCUUGGGGAUGCAAUUGAGUACCUGAAGGAACUUCUGCAGAGGAUCAACAACCUCCAUAACGAGUUGGAGUCGCUCCCUCCUGGGUCUGCAUUGACACCUACCGCGAGUACUUUCCACCCUUUGACACCCACUCCGCCUACUCUGCCAAGCCGUAUUAAGGAAGAACUUUGCCCCAGCUUACCUAGCCCAAAUGGCCAACCUGCAAGGGUUGAAGUAAGGCUACGAGAAGGAAGAGCUGUGAACAUCCACAUGUUCUGUGGCAGAAGACCUGGUCUGUUGCUCUCCACUAUGAGGGCUGUAGAUAAUCUUGGUCUAGAUAUCCAGCAAGCUGUCAUUAGCUGCUUCAAUGGGUUUGCCAUGGAUAUAUUCCGAGCUGAGCAAUGCAAGGAAGGCCAAGACGUCCACCCCGAGCAUAUAAAGGCAGUACUAUUGGAUUCAGCUGGCUUCCAUGGCAUGAUAUAG